UCAACUACACACCACUCCGAUCCUUUUUUUUCCUUUAUAUAUGCAAGAAGAUCCAGCACCUCUACACAUGCACUUUCUUUUGGCUAACUAGGAUUAGUGAUCUCCCACCAUUCUGGGAGGAGAGAGAGAGAGAAUGGAAGGGAGAGGGAAUCAUGAUGCGGUGGAGAUGAAGAGAGUAGAAGCUUUAAGUAUUGAAAGAGGGGAGGUUCUAAAGAGUCCUCAGAAGCUGGAAGAUGAGUAUGGGACUACUACAGCUCAUGCUGUUGAUCAAGAUUCAUGGGAGCAAGUGGGGCUGAUGUUGGUAACUUCGUUCAACUGCGCCUAUGUGUUGAGCUUCUCCAACCUGAUGCUGGUUCCUCUGGGCUGGGCCUGGGGCCUCGCCUGCCUCGUCGUCAUCGGCGUCUACGCCUUCUACGGCAACUGGCUCCUUGCCGGCCUCCACUUCGUCGACGGCCAACGAUUCAUCCGCUACCGAGAUCUCAUGGGAUACGUCUUCGGGAGGAAAAUGUAUUAUCUCACAUGGUUCCUGCAAUUCAUGACCCUACUUCUUGGAAAUAUGGGUUUUAUUCUUCUAGGAGGAAAAGCAUUGAAGGAAAUCAAUUCAGAGUUCAGUGAUUCUCCGAUGAGGCUCCAGCUGUUCAUCGCGGCGACUGGCCUUGUUUACUUCAUUUUCGCAUACUUUGUGCCCACAAUGUCAGAUAUGAGAAAUUAUCUAGCGACCUCGGCGAUCCUCACGGUCAUCUAUGAUGUUGCUAUCCUAGUGAUCGUAAUCAAAGACGGAAAAUCAAAUAAAACGAAGGAUUACAGAAUUCACGGAAGCCAAGCAGACAAAGUUUUCAAUGCCUUCGGUGCGGUUGCCGCGAUUCUUGUCUGCAACACCUCUGGCCUGCUGCCAGAGAUACAGUCGACUCUUCGCAAGCCAGCAGUUGCGAAUAUGAGGAAAGCAUUGACGAUGCAAUUUACGGUCGGCCUCGCAAUUUACUACGGAGUGAGCAUAGCUGGUUACUGGGCAUACGGAGCUUCAGUUUCGGAGUAUCUUCCGAACCAGUUGAGUGGCCCUAAAUGGGCAAUUGUGCUGAUCAAUUCCACUGCUUUUCUGCAGAGCAUAGUCUCCCAACAUAUGUUCUGCGUGCCGAUUCAUGAGGCACUAGACACAAGAUAUCAGAGACUGGAAGAGGGCAUGUUCUCAAAGUAUAACCUUUUCCGCCGCUUCUGCUGCCGCGUGUUUCUUUUCGGGUUUAACUCGUUCGUGACGGCCUUGUUUCCCUUCAUGGGAGAUUUUGUGAACCUCUUUGGAUCUUUCACUCUCUUUCCACUGACAUUUGUGUUCCCUAGCAUGGUUUUUAUCAAGAUUAGGGGGAAGAUUGCUCGAAGAGAGCAAAAGAUCUGGCAUUGGAUGAAUAUAAUUUUGUCCUCGCUGCUAUCCAUCGUUACCACUGCCGCUGCCGUUCGAUUGAUCAUAAAUAAUGUUAAAAUUUACCAUUUUUUCGCAGAUACAUGACGACUUCAGAUUUCAGAGAUCGAUACCUGCAGUUAGUUUGAAAUGUCAUGGCCAUGAUUCUUUUGUUUGCUUGGAGAGAAAAAAAAAAACAACCACCUUGAGAAUGCAUAUAAAUAGGUGAAGAAAAUGUAAUUAAGCUUCAAAUAUGGAGCAAAAUAAGGUGAUAAGAAGAAGUGGUCGUCAACAGUUUAUGGAUUUGCGAUAACAUACAGUUACAUUUGAACUUGUAAUGUUGUUUUUAUCGAUUCUACUUCAGAUGAAUUUCUACUUGAAACA